UAGCCUCCCAAAUUUUAUUCUGUUUUAACCUCUUUUUGAGUUUCUUUCUAUUUUCUCCUCUUAUCUCUUUGCUUAUUAUACUCUCUCAGAGUCCCAAUUCGAUUCAGAUAAAACUCCAAGUCUCCAACCCAUGUGGGUCUUCUUCUUCUUCACCAGCUAUUAAUACCCAAUUCCACUCAUUUUUCCUCCCCUUGCUGAUUUUCAGUCUAAAGUUUCAAUCUUUCAAUCAAAUCUCUCAGCUUUUAGAACCAUCUCUGUUGUUUUUCAAUCCAAAGUUUCAGUAUUUACUAUUUAUAGGCUCUCAACUUUGAAGCAAAACCCACAUCAUGUCUAUUGCUUUGGACAGAAAUGGGAAUAGAGGGAAUGGUAUGAUCCAACGCUCCGGGAGGUUCAUCCAUGGGAUGCCUUGUAUUUCGAUCUACGACACAAAAGGGUUUGAUCAGGAUCGUCGUUUGGAGUUGGAGGAGGACUCUAGCAGCUCAAGGUCUUCGUCGGUUGGUAAUAACAGUGACGAGUCUAAUGGGUCGUCGGAGGGUGAGGAGGCUGAGGUUCAGAGCUCGUUUAAAGGGCCUUUGGACACCAUGGACCAGCUGGAGGAGGUUUUGCCUGUCAAGAGAGGGAUAUCCAAGUUCUAUAAUGGCAAAUCAAAGUCCUUCACGAGCCUAGCAGAUGCAUCAUCUGUUUCUACUGUUAAGGAGCUUGCAAAGCCAGUAAAUCCUUAUAACAAGAAGCGUAAGAAUCUGUUGGCCAAUGGUUAUUUCCGGGACCUGAAGAAUAAUGGUGGUGGGAUAAGGAGAUCAGCUAGCUCUAGUCGAGGCAUAUAUCUUGAAGAGACUCUUAGUGGCACCAACAGUGGGGAUGAUUCCAAAUCAACUUCUCAGUCGCCCUUUUCUUGUCGUCCUCCUCUACAUCCACAGCAUAAAAGAUCGCCUGGUAAUGGAUCAUCAGAUUCUUCACCGCCGUCUCCUCCUCAACGCAAUGCUCCUUGGCGAUCGUUCUCACUCUCUGAUCUACAAUGUGCCACCGCGCCAACGCCUACCGUUACCGGCUUUGAAAUUUGUAGCGGGGACAUGGACAACCAACCACAUUGACAUUUUAGCUUCAUGAUUCAUUUUCCUGAUUAUGGAAGAAUGCUUGUGAAGUUGAAGUUUCAUUUGCAUCUGCAGACUAUGUCCAGUCAUCCUGAAAAUCUAAUCAGAGUGUUUCCACAUAUAGGCUUUAGUUGCUAUGUAAUGAGCUUAAUGACUAUAAUGAUGCCAUUGUAUUAUACAGAAGAAUCAAAUUUUAUGUUUCUUGUUCCACAUUUUGGAAUCAUGCCAUCCUGUACCAAACAUCAAUACUUGCAUUUCAACAUCAUUAGAAGUCCACUGCAC